GCACCAGAGCAAGGACGAACCCUUCCUCUGCCAAGGUCGCAGGACGGACUCAGGCGACAGUUACCCGGCACGCACCCUUCCUUCAGCCUCUCCGAACCCUCAGAGCCCCGCCCCGCGUUUCUCCGCCGCGACCUGCCCCCGGCCACGCCCCUCCCCCGUGGGCGGGGCCAGAUGGGCCCAGAGCCCGUGCGGAGUCUGACAGACUCCAAAGUGCGCCGGAGCGGCUUGGAGUUCGAGUGUCCGAAACGCAAGUCAGCAUGGCCGCGGCGUUUAGGAGAAGCUGCGGGGUCCUAAGAAGUAUUUCUCAUUUUGACUGGAGAUCACAACAUACAAAAGCUCAUCAAAAACGCGAACCAGGAUUAGGAUUUAGUUUUGAGUUUACUGAACAGCAGAAAGAAUUUCAAGCUACUGCCCGUAAAUUUGCCAGAGAGGAAAUAAUCCCAGUUGCUGCAGAAUAUGAUAAAACUGGUGAAUACCCUUUCCCCCUAAUUAAAAGAGCAUGGGAACUUGGCUUAAUCAAUGCACACAUUCCAGAGAGUUGUGGAGGACUUGGACUUGGAACUUUCGAUGCUUGUUUAAUAACUGAAGAAUUGGCUUAUGGAUGUACAGGGGUUCAGACUGCUAUUGAAGCAAAUUCUUUGGCGCAAAUGCCUGUUGUUAUUGCUGGAAAUGAUCAACAACAAAAGAAGUAUUUGGGGAGGAUGACUGAGGAGCCAAUGAUGUGUGCCUACUGUGUAACAGAACCAGGAGCAGGCUCUGAUGUAGCUGGUAUAAAGACCAGAGCAGAAAAGAAAGGAGAUGAGUAUAUUAUUAAUGGUCAGAAGAUGUGGAUAACCAAUGGAGGAAAAGCUAAUUGGUAUUUUUUAUUGGCACGUUCUGAUCCAGAUCCUAAAACUCCUGCUAAUAAAGCCUUUACUGGAUUUAUUGUGGAAGCAGAUACCCCAGGAGUGCAGAUUGGAAAAAAGGAGUUAAACAUGGGCCAGCGAUGUUCAGAUACAAGAGGAAUUGUCUUUGAAGAUGUGAAAGUGCCUAAAGAAAAUGUUUUAAUUGGUGAGGGAGCUGGUUUCAAAAUUGCAAUGGGAGUUUUUGAUAGAACCAGACCAAUAGUAGCAGCUGGUGCUGUUGGAUUAGGGCAAAGAGCUUUGGAUGAAGCUACCAAGUAUGCCCUGGAAAGGAAAACUUUUGGAAAGCUGCUUGUAGAGCACCAAGGAGUAUCAUUUUUACUGGCAGAAAUGGCAAUGAAAGUUGAACUAGCUAGGUUAAGUUACCAGAGAGCUGCUUGGGAGAUUGAUUCUGGUCACCGUAAUACCUAUUACGCCUCUAUCGCAAAGGCAUUUGCUGGAGAUAUUGCAAAUCAAUUAGCCACUGAUGCUGUGCAGAUUUUUGGAGGCUAUGGAUUUAAUACAGAAUAUCCUGUAGAAAAACUAAUGAGGGAUGCCAAGAUCUAUCAGAUUUAUGAAGGUACUGCACAAAUUCAAAGGCUUAUUAUAGCUCGUGAGCAUGUUAGCAGGUAUAAAAAUUAAAAGAGAUUGCUAUAGAAACAUGGUUAAUCAUUGAAUAAUUAUAAUAUGAUCCACUAUUUAUGCUUCAGAAAAGCAAAAGUGCUUUAAAAUUUGUCCAGUGAAAAUAUUCUUAUAUAAAUAUAAGUAUUCUUAUAUAAAUCUAUGCCAUUGAUUCUAAUAUUAGUUUGCACUUUUGUUUAACAACUCUAUGAUUGCCCUUUUUUCAAAUAGAUUUGGUUUUAUUAAAAUCAUGUGUUGUCAGCUGUGUGUGGUGGUACACACCUAUAAUCCAAGCUACCUAGGAGGCUAAAGCAAGAGGAUCACAAGUUUGAGGCCAGCCUGGGCAACUAAGUGAUUUAAAUUAAAGAUUUAAAUUUUAAAAAAAAGUUUUUUUAAAAGGAUUGGGGAUGUAGGUUGACUUGCCUUGCUUAGCAUGUGUGAAGCCCCAAGUUCAGCCCCCAGUACUGUGGAUCCUUUUGUAUCACUGUACUUAAAUUAUAUUAGCCAAGAAAAUUAUAUUUGUCAUUUUGAUGCCUUAAAGAAACAGAAAUGCCUUGGAAUUUUAUUAUUUUCCAGUGACAUAAAAAUUGGGAUUAUGAAUUCAAAUAUGACAAAAUUUACAUUGAGAAAAUAUUGUAGGAUCUGGAUAACAUCAAAUAAUUUACUGGUGACUUUGUAGAUUUAAUGGUAUUAUUGUAUUAAAAGAGUCUACAAUUUGAAAUGCACUUGCUUUCAGUUCUGCACAAUAGUCAAAAUAUAAUACUCAUAUUUGCCCUUUAUACAACUGUGAGAAAUUUCUUGAAAAUCUUUUAAUUUUAAUACCGACCUCAUGUUUCCCUGGCCUUAUUUAAAUCAAUAAAACUUGCCCUAAAUUAUU